CCCCAAAUCAUUGACCUAUUCCGUGUCGCGGAACAAGUUUUUGCAUGUGUGGCAUAUAUGGAAUCAGGUUUGAUAUGGAUCCAGACUUCCUGUCCAGUGUUUUAGCUUUGGCUUUCGAGAACUCGCUCAAAAUAGCUAUGGCGGUAUGUAUGCGUUUCUUCUCCUUUAAUGUUACAAAACCACUGCAUCUUUCAACAUCCACAUCGUUAGUGCCUUCUUGAUGUGAUUUUCUCCAGUUCCCCUUUCCAUUGUUUGAUAUUAGGUUGAUAACUUGCAAAGUCUUGUCAAGACUCGGCCUCAUGGGAGUAUUCAAAGGAAGCUGCGUUGUCAUGUUCAACGUUGGAUAUUUAGACAAUGGGCUGAAUAUGUUAAGGCUUACCUCGCCAUACCAAACGUAGUGAAAACACUCAGGUUAUUAUUUAAUAUCAAUUUAGAUGACCAGAAAGCAGAAACCAAUCAUCGCGUUGCUAGCUAAAUAUGGUAAAAAUGGCAACGGUUUGUGGGUUAAGGUUAAGCUCCAUAUUUCACGUGCCCUCGUGUCUCUUAGAGCGCGACUCCCUUAAGGUUACCCGUCCUUGCUCGACAAUUCACUGGAUAUAUUGUUUGCUUUUUUGAUUGUAUUUUCAGACAUGAUUGCUCAACGCCUGAAAUCCCCCUUUUCAGUAACGCUUCUUUAAAAGAUCAUCAUUUUAUUGAUCGAAAUUUCGUUGAAUACACAUUUCUGCUCAUGAUGUCGGCGACGUCAGGCAAAGAGGACGCAGCAACGGUUGCAGCUGUGGAGAAGCUCAAUGAUGAAGGCAAUGUUUUGUAUAAAUCGGGGAAACUUCUUGAAGGUAUGCAAUUUUUACAAUUACCUUCCUAUUGUAGUCUUUAUGUUCUGUCCUGUCAUCAGACUGAGCAAGACAUAUAGCCGUCAUCAAAUAUCAAGAAGCCAUGGCAGCUGACGAUAACGCUGGCCUAUGUACUCUGAAGCCUUGUCGCAAUAUGACUGCUACCUACUUUGAGCUCGGUAGAUAUACUUCAUGUCGUGAUAUGACCGAGCAGGUAAUCGAAAUCAUCAAAGAGAAUAUGCCAGAGGACAAAUUAAUCCUUGCAAAACUUGCACAACGAGUACAGAGAUCUAUAGAACACAUUCCUCAGGUUUCCGAACAGGAAAAGCUUAAGAGGCGUCUCAAAAUCUCUGCUUCUUUACCGCGUUACCGUGCUUCCUUGUGAGCAGUUAGAACUUUUUCUUCAGUGGUAUUUUUUGGCUAACUACUGUUCAGGUACACGACGGUGCAUUAUUUCACUGUCGGACACGAUAUUGCAGAAAGCCUCUUCAAUGUACUUCUUCAGGAUUUCCCUCGGAGAGAUGAUAAAACAAUGUCAUUUUUUCUCGGUGGCAUUGGUGAUGCUCGCCAUUUGUAUGCAACCAUGAUCGAUCUCCAUGCAUCAGAGAAGAAAGGAAUUGCUCCUCCCCGAAAAUAUCAUUUCGUCGCAAACGAUAUCAACAAAUGUGCUCUCACCAGGGACCUUAUCAUCUGGAAGCUACUAGACGAGCUGUCAACAUUGGCACACGACUCCAACCAGGGCCUGCUGGCUUUAGCUACCAUGUUUUUCAUCUAUGAAUCAUACCUAAUGCCCAAGUACAUCCAUGGAAACUUGCGCACGAUGAUGGAGAACAUUCUUGUCACUUUAGAAAAGGUAUGCGAAUUUUUCAGAUUCUGGUUGGCUGUGAUGGUUUUCUCUUCCGUUUCCUUUGCGAGCCUCUUUUCACUCUCCUCAGUCUUUAAGCCUACCUUGACCUGCCGAUUUGUUGCCUUCAGAAUCAACGGCUGGUAUAUUCAUCUCGAUCUCUUGUAGAUGGCUGGUAAUGCUUGAUUUGCAUCCACUAACUGGGUUUUAGGGCGAUUCGCCACUCCCAUGGGUCUCACUUCAUGCACACGAUAUUCCAAAAUACAUCGAAGUCCUGAAAUCUUGGAUCGGCGAAGACUUCCAGAAUUUUACUGCCUUGGAGGUCAUGCAUGGCAUACGAAUUGCAUUAUCCCAACGCGCGCUUUUUCAUGAUCGAAAUUGCAAGAAGGAGAAGCAAUUGUACACCAGAUACGGAUUUCUACGACCCCCAGAAAAGAUCCUUUCUUCUUUUGAGCCAAGUUUGCUGGAGCUUUUACAAACUCCAUCCAAACCUAGCGUGCUUCGUGGGUAUAUUCAAGAAAACUGGAAAUUCAAUCCAACCAUGAUGGAUCUUGAUUGGUACAAGGAUUUAAAAAGAAGGGGUCGCCCUAAUGAAUUCGAUUUCGGUAACGAUCCUUUCGAUGCUCUUAACCAUUUCGAAUCUUUUUACAAGGGACAGAAGCCCUCAAGCUUGUUUGAUUACAUAGUACCCUUAUUCAAAGGUGCAGCAGAUGCAAUCAAAAAGAUGAAGCAAAGGCUUCACGUUGAAGUCCUCUGUGGAGAUGUUAUUGAAAUUGCCGAAUGGCUUCGUUUUAACAUGUCACCCACCAGAGUUCCACGAUCAGAGAAACUCCCUACAGAGUUUGACGUCAUUCACUUAAGUAGUAUCCCGUCAGUCAGCUCUAAUCCUCAGAUCAGCCUCGUUGUUUCUUCUAUUCCUCUAUCAAACCAUGGCGUUCCCUGGCCCUACAGUUGGGCAAAUUUACAACAUGGAAGCUGACCUCAAUUUACAGUGACUAUAUUGGCGGCCACUUAUCCACAUUUCUUUAUAUCACACCAAUCAUGAAAUUCGCGCCAUCCAGUAUUUUGCAGUCCAAUUGUUUGCGCAAUGCAGGAAGCUGGGACUCCAUUGAGUCAUUUUUAGCAGAUUAUCAAUGUAUCACAGACAAAGAAAUGCUAAGACAGCUCACUGGUGUUAGCGUGAUUAACGAACCUCUCAAGGACAGGAUUUUUCCUUUGAUCGGAUACAACUGGUAUACGCCUGCUCUGCCAAUUUUCCAUGACGACUGGUCGGUCAUGUUGCCUAGAAAUGAUUUCCAGAAGUGGUUUUACGCGCUGUUCUUCAGACUUUCCUUGCCAUACAACAUUAACAUCCUCGACGUUUCUAAAAUUAUUUUCUCUCCUCUCAAUCUUACCAUUCUUUUCCGUCUAAUGGAUCAAUUACGAUCUCUUCACUAUCCAUCCCAUUGGAUGUCGGAGAUUCUUUUGAAUAUCAUCGAGAACAAAGUUGUCACUGACUGUCGUCCUCCAAGAAUAUCACCGAAUUCCGUUUCAGCAUUGAAGCAGCCGCACAAGACAAGAGGCUUGUGCACAAUUCCGUUCUCCCACGAAAUGGCAACUCUCACGCGAUUAUUCAUGCCUCUUCUACCUUUUGCUCUAACAUCUUCGGUUAUUCCAGCCCAAAGCGAUAUCUUCAGGUAUACAUUUUCACUACCCAGCUUCGUGGCUGACCAAGAAUGGCCGACUAACCUCAUACUCGUCUUCUGGAGUCACACGUAUUUUGAAGCUUUCGGUGAUUUCGGAUACCAUUCAUUUGCGGUAAACAUUCGCCCUUUUUUGGAUCCAACCUGGGGUGACGAAAUGGACAGCAAAUUCAAAGGUUCCAAGUUCGAUGCAUUCAGAAACAACGGAUUGAUUGUAUGGAGUACUGUGGAGUGGGAUAUUGAAGCACGUGAAGCACGUGCCUGGAUGCCCAGUGCUCUAGUGGAUAAGAUGAUCAAAGAGGUAGACUGGGCCUGUGGUUUGUUCAGGACUGAUACAUGGGAGAGAUGUUGGGAGUUCCCGGGUAUGGUGUUCGAUGUUAGGAAAGGCGAAGCGUGGAAAGAUGAUAUCACUUCAGCUGCAGAUCAACAAGUUGUGGACUUUGCCAAGCAAGUGUUAGAUCUCGAGAGCUAGGGGUAGUAUUAAUGAUGGUAAGGGGAGUAGCCUUUUGCAUUGGCAUUUAAGUAGUGGGUGGAUCAUAAAUCUGCCGAGAACUGUAAUAGUAAUUGUUGAAUCUCUAAGGA